GGUGUAGUGUUUGUUUCACCCGGACAAAUUAAAAUGACGUACCAUGGAUCCCAGUGUUGAAAACAACGUGAAGGCCAUCAGAAAGAGUAAAGAGGAAAAGAAAGUUCUUCGAAAACAAUUAAAAGCCAGUCACACGUUGCUGAAACAUGAGGGCAUCAGUACAGCAUCGCAGCCCACCAAGAGUUUGGUGGUCGCCAACGGUGGCCUGGGGAACGGCGUCAGUCGGGAGGAGCUUUCUGCAGCCAUGAAAGAGAUGGGAGAGCUGGAGAUGCUGGUCAUGCCCCCUCACAAGCCCUACGCUUUUGUAACAUACAGAUCUGAAGAGUCUGCUCGGAAAGCCCAUAUCCACCUCAAUGGAGAAAAGCUGCAAUCUGGAGAGAACAAUGUCACCCUCUACCUCAGUUAUGUAGACUCAGUAACCUGUGAAGAGGAGUGCUCCGUUCCUUUGCCAGAGGGAUUAACCUUGGUGGAGAAUUUUGUGUCUCCGGAAGAAGAGGCGUUGCUGCUUGCUGCCAUUGACUGGUCAUCUGCUAAUGAUGAUGACACUGCUCAGAAAGCUCUGAAGCACAGAAGAGUCAAACAUUAUGGCUUUGAAUUUCGCUAUGACAACAACAACGUGGAUAAGGACAAGCCGUUAUCUGCUGAUAUUCCUCAGGAGUGUCUUCCUGUUUUGGAGCGGUGUGUGACGAACAAACACAUCAACAUCAUGCCAGACCAGCUGACUGUCAACCAGUAUGAGUCUGGACAGGGAAUUCCUCCUCAUGUGGACACUCACUCUGCCUUUGAGGACACCAUCAUGUCACUGAGUCUGGGUGCGCAGACGGUGAUGGAGUUCCGUCACCCCGACGGUCUGCUUGUUGCUGUGGUGUUGCCUGGACGGAGCCUCCUGGUGAUGAAGGGAGAGAGCAGAUACCUGUGGACACAUGGGAUUACUCCUCGGAAGUUUGACACGGUGCCAGCCUGCGACCCACAGUCCCCUGCUCAUACAGCGCCUGACCUCAGGACCCACAACAAUCUCACUCUGAGCAAGAGGGGCACACGCACUUCUUUCACUUUCCGCAAGAUCAAACAUGAGCCCUGCCGUUGUGCCUUCCCCUCUGCCUGUGACAGUCAGGGUGCACCCUCAGCACCUUCGCCCUCUUCGCCAUCUCUCCCCUCACUACCUUGUUGCCAUGACGACGCUGCCCAUUUGGAGGAGGAGUACGUGCACCGGGUGUACGACGCCAUCGCCUCCCACUUCAGCAGCACUCGCCACUCCCCUUGGCCUCAGGUCUGCCACUUCUUGUGCUCGCUCCCACCUGGCAGCGUGCUGGCUGAUAUUGGCUGUGGAAAUGGGAAAUACCUCUGUGUCAACCCAGAGCUGAUUGCAGUUGGCUGUGAUCGUAGCAGUGCUCUUAUCCAAAUCUGCGCAGAGAGAGGUUUCCAGGCGUUUGUAUCUGAUGCUCUCAGUGUCCCUCUGCGAACAGCCUCCUGUGAUGCCUGUAUCUCUAUAGCUGUCAUACACCACUUUUCCACACAGGAGCGACGACUGGCAGCUGUGAGGGAGCUGGUAAGACUUUUGAAGCCUGGAGGUCGAGCGCUCAUUUAUGUUUGGGCUUUUGAACAAGAGUACAACAAGCAGAGGUCCAAGUACCUCAAAGACCAGAAGAAAGAGCAUUCAGAGAAGAACCACAGCCCCACCAACAACACAUUAGAAGACAGCCAGGAACAUCACGGGAAAUCCAGUAUCCAUACCAGCAGACAUUUAGCAGACGAAUGCAGGCCUGCAGACAACAUACAUGAUGUUAGCAAAGUGAGCGAUGGUAAGCUUAGUAUUCACACCAACCGCACAGCCUUCAACACCCAGGACCUUUUGGUUCCCUGGCACCUGAAAGAGGGAAAACGACAAGGGCAGGAAGAACCAGGAGAGGGUGUGAAGAAGGUUAAAAGUAAAGAGAAAUCCAAAAUGUCUUCAUUAAAUUCCUGCUCAGCCUAUAGUUUGAGUCCCAUAACCAAAUCAGGCUGUAAAACUGAUCCAAGUCCAGAUUUUGACUCCAACAUGUCUUCUGGAUCAGGACAAGACACCAAUGAUGCCACUUACAGGCCAGACUCUAAACCCAGUCCAAGUGGGAACACUUCUCCCUCUUUCACUUCUACUGAAACAUCUGAGAGCAGCCCGACGCCCAUUUUUCACCGCUAUUACCACGUGUUCCAGCAGGGGGAGCUGGAGCAGCUGUGUGCUCAGGUGGCUGGAGUCAAAGUGCAGAGCAGCUACCAUGACCAGGGAAACUGGUGUGUUAUAUUAGGGAAGGAGAUGAGCUGACACAGUUAGAAUUUAGCAAUGAUUAGUUACAAAUUUACAUAGUUGAAGAACGAGAGAGUCAAUCCAAUAAAAACAACGAUGAAACAACGGAUCUUUUAUUUGUCUGAAUGCCGAACAAACAAGUGCCAUGAAAUAAAUGUAAAGAUUUUACAAAAUG